GCAACUUUCAAACUAACCGCAUUAUUCUAAUCUACGCAUUUUCUCCUCCGCCAUUUCCAUUUUCUCCAAAUCUUCCAAAUUACAGGCAAACACACGCACACAAAAACACGAACACGCAGAUAGGAUUAUAUUAUUAAAUUAAUCAAAAGGAGAGAAUCUCAAUCACUAAUUCUCCCGAAAAUCUCUGUAUUGGAAAGUAGAAACUCCAAAAUCCCUAUUCGGCGUUAGGGCAUCUGCGUUCGGCGCAUGGCAGGCGGCGGCGGUGAUGCGAACAGGACCGGGCCGGGAUUCGAUCUUCCCGACGAGAUACUGUCCGUGAUGCCGGCGGACCCCUUCGACCAACUGGAUCUGGCGCGUAGGAUCACGUCCAUGGCUAUCGCGUCGCGGGUAACGAAUCUGGAGUCGGAGGCGGGGGGCCUCCGACAGAAGCUUCUGGAGAAGGACCUCUACAGUCGGGAGCUCGAGGAAAAGGUGUCGCUGCUCGAGGCGGCGUGUCAGGACGCGGAAUCACGGCUGAAGAUCGCACAGGAUGAUAAUAUUAAACUUUUGAAGGAGAGAGAUUCUUUCGCGUCAACGGCAAAGAAGCUGAGCCGUGAUUUAGCCAAGUUGGAGGCUUUUAAGAGGCAAUUGAUGCAGUCACUAAAUGAUGAAAACUCUCCACAAGCAGAAACUGUGGACAUUGGCAUUUACGACAAAUCGGCCUCCAAGGGACAUCCGAAAACUGGGGAGGAGCCUAACAGCUAUAGAUCACAGUAUUCCAGUAACUACUCUAUCGACAGCGCAAACAUAAACGACGACGCCUCUAAACAAGCUGGGCAAGGACUCAUUUUGACACCAUUCAGAAAAUCAGGACUUACCCCAACUGGAACCCCAAAAUCAAUAACCAGUGUUUCCCCUAGAUGGUACUCGGCUGCUGGGUCACCUCAGAGAAACUCGGGCCAUGCUUCGCCCAGGACUCGAUUUGAUGGGUGGGAUGGGUCAAUCUCUUCUUACCUUCCAUCGAGCCAGCAGUCAUCCACGGCUAAUUCUCCCCCCAGAGAACGCUCCUCAAGAACUAGAAUUGAUGGGAAGGAGUUUUUUCGUCAGGCCAGGAGUCGUUUAUCGCUCGAGCAAUUUAGCGCAUUUCUCACCAACAUAAAGGAAUUCAACGCGCAAAUGCAAUCUCGAGAGGAGACGCUGAGAAAAGCAGAAGAGAUUUUCGGAACAGAUAAUAAGGAUCUCUACGUUUCAUUUCAAGGGUUGCUUGUUCGCAGCACACACUAAAAAGAGCCCAAAUGUGAUGAUCUCGAGUUUGAGUCACCCAAGGGGGUAAGUGGAGAACCACUCUUGAUCCUCUUAUUUAAAAAAAAAUGAAAAAAAAAAAA